UCGGGGGUGUAACCUCCACGGAGGCCCGUGGUCACGGCGAGGUCGGGCCGGGCAGUGGAAGCCGCGGGGAGCCCAGGCCGGCAGGCGUGGUCAGGCGCCCGCUCUUCUUCCUAAGCGCCUCAGUCGGCGAAGUGCGGCUGCAGUCCCGCCCCGCAGAGCGCACAGCUCGGACGGGCCGCACCGGGAGCCGGCAGCCGGCGCCACCACCUCCCCGCCAGAGCGCUUCCGCAGUCCGCCGUGCCGACCGCGCUGCGCCGCGGAGCCCGGCCGCCAGGGGGCGCCGUGGGGCCCGCCCUCAGCUGCGCCUGCGCCGGCGCCGCGCACGAGCCGGAGCACACACCCGCCGAGCGCGCGCCCGCCCCGCAAGUGCGCCUGCGCGGAGGCCGUGGCCGCGCCCGCUCCCGCCGGGGGCUCGUCGCUGCGCGGCCGGGCCAUGGGGGAAGCCGAGGUGGGCGGCGGCGGCGCGCCGGGCGACAAGGGGCCGGGUGAGGCGGCCACCAGCCCAGCCGAGGAGACGGUGGUGUGGAGCCCCGAGGUGGAGGUGUGCCUCUUCCACGCCAUGCUGGGUCACAAGCCCGUCGGUGUGAACCGACACUUCCACAUGAUCUGUAUCCGGGACAAGUUCAGCCAGAACAUUGGUCGGCAGGUCCCAUCUAAGGUCAUCUGGGACCAUCUGAGCACUAUGUACGACAUGCAGGCACUGCACGAAUCUGAGAUUCUUCCAUUCCCAAACCCAGAGAGGAACUUUGUCCUUCCGGAAGAAAUCAUCCACGAGGUCCGAGAAGGAAAAGUGGUCAUUGAAGAGGAAAUGAAGGAGGAAAUGAAGGAAGAUGUGGACCCCCACAACGGGGCAGACGAUGUUUUUUCAUCUUCAGGAAGCUUGGGGAAAGCAACAGAAAAGUCCAGCAAAGACAAGAACCCUUCGGACUUGGGGUCGAAGGAAGGGGCGGACAAGCGGAAGCGCAGCCGGGUCACCGACAAAGUCCUGACGGCAAACAGCAACCCCUCCAGCCCCAGCGCUGCCAAGCGGCGCCGAACGUAGUCGUGGCUCAGCCACGGCAGGGGGCCGGGGCGCCAUUGUCACCCGGCUGGACGCCCGCCGCCUGCCCUCGGGCCCACUGCGACCACCUGGGGCUCCGGGGGCCUGCUCGGGUGCAGAGAGCUGGGAGUCAGGCGUCCGGGCCCCCCCACCACCACCACCCCACGCCCCCGGGUGAGCUCUAGCCAUGCUGGCCGCCGGCCGGGCCACAGUCGGUGCUCCACAGAGCAGAGCGCGGGGCUCGGGCAGGACAGCUGGAGUGGCAGGCAGGGUGCCUGCUGUGUCCCUGAGGAACGCUGGUCUUGCUGGGCGACUCGGCUCUUCCCAUCUGUCCGUGUGUCCGUCUGUCAGCCGCUCUUCCUAAACCGGCUGCCCCCUCGGGAGAAGGAGACUCAGGCCACCUGCCUCCCGGCGCCCACCCGAGAAACCGAGAACUGGAUAUUUUGCCUCAUUCACUUGUACUGUAACGAUGUAUAUAAUUUGGUGGUAUUUCACUAUUUAAUUUUUAAGAAGCCUAUUUUACUAGUGUUUUAUAUGAAAAAAAUAUUGCAGAAGUUAAACUUGUGUUGUAUUUUUCCUGAGAUGCUUUGUGUUAGGUAGUGACUACUGAGACGCUUUCCGCUCGGUUUUUAUAUGCCGGAAACAGAGUUUGUAGGGCUAUUUUUCUAUCUCCCCGUAACUUGUAAACAGACCAAAUGAGUGCGUGGAGGGAGGUGCGCGGCCGGGGCGACUGAGAUGUUUUCCUUUGAGCGCCGACCAUUAAAGCACAAAAGUAGCAGCCCGAGUCUUGUGAUUUUGAUACCAAAAUAAGUUCCCUUUUCUAACAGUAGGAAGUGUUUAUUUUCCGAGGCUUAUAAUGCAGCCUACACUCUCCCGACUUCUUAGUAUUCACUCGAUACGAUGUAUUUACCAACUAGAAACAGGACCAGAGUGGAAACUUU